UGCCAACUAAUCUGCUUACCACUGGUGUCGUGUGUUUUGUAUUUUCGCCUCGAAUGUAUUUCGCACUAAUGAAAUCAUGAGUGGCAAGCGUCAAGCACGAUUGCUACCUCCAAACUCUAAAUCACAUUCAGGAUGUUAAUUAUGUUUCGUAGAACAUAAUGGUGCCAUUAAAUGAUAACACUUUUUACGGUUUUUGCGAAUAUAUUACAAUCAUGACAGUUCAGUACAAUAGAAAAAUGGUAGAGUGAAAAACAAAAGAAGCCUUAUAAAAAUUAAAAUUAAAACGCCACGCUGCACAGAAUAGUGCAAAGAGGUUGAACGCCGCAACAUCACAACAGCUGUGCCUUCCGCCACUGUGCCCGGCUGGAUAGAUCGGAGUCGUCAAAAGGCCGUGUUUGAAGAUCGUUAGAAGGGGUGCCGAUAAGGAAUGUAAAUGGCGUAAGCGCCUCCGUCGGGUCUGCAUCGGGUUCCAGGACACGUGAGUCAGCGGCCUAGAGUUCACUAUAACCCCGCCUCAGGGUAUGGAGCAAAACAUUCUUUUGUCGCUGCUUCUGAGAGAGGAUCAAACCUCGGACGUCUGUGAUUACAGCCAUUAACAAGACAUUGGUUCUGAAGAAGUUGUUACAUCGCGGUCCUCAGGUCAUAACUAUAGCAAGCAGCGGUUGAAGCAGAUCUGGACCUGAUAAAAGCAGAAGCAGAGUUCACGACCACCAAGCGGAUGCGUUGGAAAUUUAUCCCGUCAACUCUUUUUAUGAAUCGGUGGAAAUAAUAGCUUCAAAAUGUUAUAAUACUCUGAAAUUACUGUAGUAGCUCGCUUUUAUUUGGGGGUAGACUCCUAGCGUCGACAAGCGAGGUGUGAGCUCAAUUCAUAAUGCAAUCAAGUAGAAAUCGUGCGCCGGGCUACCGUUCUCCAAGACUGUUGCCACCUAUACCGAAUGGUUCUGGAGAAAGUUCCUCAGAAGCUUAUCUAAAGCCGUGUUUGGGAGAACAAAAGAUGUGGUCCAAAUACCACAGCGGAUGUGUCGACAAAAGUCCGACACGAUUUGACUGUGUUCCUGGAAAGUCACAGAAGAAGAAAACUCCGUCUUUAAUAGCUGAUCGCAUCACCAGACGAUUUAAAUUUAUCAGAGAUGCAGACAGCCGGGAAGUUUUGAACUAUUUGGACCGCAACAGGGACUUUCUAGAAACCUACGUACUUGAGUCAGUGCCUAUAGAGGAGAUGGAGCGAUGGUUCUUUAGGAAAAUUAAACAAAAUUUCAUUGAUGAUGACACACCAAGGUAUGAGAGCAGAACAAAGAUGAAUCAUAAAAGUGUAUCUACAAUGCCAACUUUUGUAAGUCUGGUGAAGGAUCUACAAAAUGAAUUAAGUGAACACACAGUGCUAUGGGAACUUGCUAAAACCAUUGCCUUGUCAGUUGGUGUGGAUGCGUACAUAAUUUACAAGCUUUAUCCAGAUCAUCCUACAUUCGUACAGUGUUUUGUAGCUGAUGACAAAAGUAAUACAUCUACACUGACACUGGAUCGAGUUGACCUUGAUCAGGUAACGCUAGUUUUGGAAGCUGCCAAGAAAAUGACCUCAUUAAGAGUGUCACGGCAUGAAGAUCCAGCCAGAUUUCCAAAAACACCUCGAGCUAUUUUCGAAACUUUAAAGGAUAUGGAUACAUCUAUAGAAGCAAACCACAUUUUAUAUCAGCCCAUUUUAAUUUCGAACGGCAAGACGGGUUAUGUUAUUGAAAUGUGGAGAGUCCAUGAUAGGUUUAGGGAACCAGAUGAACAAGUAAGCUCCAGCUUCAUGCUUUGGGGUAGUUUGGCGCUCCACUACUGCAAUAUGUAUCUUGACAAAAAGAGAGAGCGGAAUAUGUCAGACUUUUUACUGGACGUGGUUAAGGCAAUAUUCGAGGAAAUGGUGUCAUUAGACCAGCUGAUUAAAAGAAUCUUAGAGUUUGCACAGCGCCUGGUCAACGCCGAUAGAGCAUCCUUGUUCCUGGUCGACUACAGAAACUUCGAACUAGUCUCCACAGUGUUUGAUCUGAAAUUUGAGCCAGGCCACGAAAGAGAUUUGGAAAAGAAAGAAAUUAGAAUGCCAAUUAAUAGAGGAAUCGCUGGGCAUGUUGCACUGUCCGGUGAGACUAUGAACAUCCCUGAUGCUUAUUCAGAUUACAGGUUCAAUAGGGAAGUCGAUGAAGCUACAGGAUAUAAAACUAUUAGUAUUUUGUGUAUGCCAAUUAAAGUAGAAGGGAAAGUAAUUGGGGUAGUCCAAAUGGUCAACAAAAGAAAUGAAGACAACUUCGACCGUGAGGAUGAAGUUUCUUUUGAGAUUUUUUCGACAUUUUUUGGCUUAGCUUUACACCAUGCCCGCUUAUACGACAGAAUAAUGAGGAAAGAGCAAAAAUACAGAGUUGCAUUAGAAGUUUUGAGUUACCAUAACACUUGUAGGGAAUAUGAGGUACAAAGGAUGCUUGAAAAUUCAGAAGAUAUUGAAGUAAAACUGAAUGAUUUUGCUUUAGAUCCAUAUAAGUUAAAUGAGUAUCAAAAAUGUAGAUGUGUAAUAAAAAUGUUUGAUGAUCUCUUUGAGUUAUCUAAAUUUGAUUUGUUGACUCUGACAAGAUUUGUUCUUACUGUAAAGAAAAAUUACCGUACUGUACCAUAUCAUAACUUUGACCAUGGUUGGUCGGUUGCACAUGCGAUGUAUGUUAUUUUAAAGAAUGACAAAGAACAAAGAUUUGAUUAUAUAAGGAGGCUAGCGCUUUUUGUAUCUAGUUUGUGUCACGAUCUAGACCAUCGUGGCUACACUAACAAGUACAUGAGCGAGACUGCAUCCCCUCUUGCAGCCAUGUAUACCACGUCUACUCUAGAGCAUCAUCAUUUUAAUAUCACUGUGACGAUAUUGCAGCAGGAUGGUCAUAAUAUUUUCGCCCACAUUUCAAGUGAAGAGUACAAAGAAAUUUUAGGCUAUAUUCGUCAAGCUAUCCUGGCAACUGAUCUCGCAGCCUUCUUCCCAAAUUUAGAAAAAAUUAAAGAACUACACAAUGAUAGUAGCACUCAAAAAUUUAAUUGGGAGGUUUCAAGUCACAUAGAUUUAGCUAUGGCUAUAUCAAUGACCGCAGCUGAUUUGUCAGCCUCAGCAAAGCCUUGGGAGGUUCAAAUAAAAACUGUUAAAGUCAUAUUUGAAGAAUUCUAUGAUCAAGGUGAUAAAGAGCGGGCUAUUGGGAAAACACCUAUUCCUAUGAUGGAUCGAAACAAACCAGAGGAGCAGCCAGCCAGUCAGGUGGGUUUCUUGAGCCAAAUAUGCAUACCGUGUUAUGCUAUGCUGCACAAAAUACUUCCAAAUACAGUAACAAUGUACAAAAUGGCAAAUAAAAAUCUUGAAAGAUGGAAGUUCAGGGCUGAGAGAAUUCUGAACAGUAUUGAAUCUGACUCUAUUGAACAUUUUGAUGAUGAUGAUGAUGAUGAUCAUUUAUUACAAACCGUCGAUGAGAUUGGAGACGAUGAUAUCAAGUAUAUUGUAAAGACCGAUGAAGAAGAAACUAAAAGUUUGGUCGACGUUACUUUAGUCGAUAAAGAUGUGGAAGAAAUAAUAAGAAAACCUCCACUAGAAAACAGUCAGUCUGUGGACACAUUUUCAUGGGAAGAAGAAGAAUCGAUUAAAAAUGCUAUAACAGAAAAUACUGUCUUUUGGAGAGAUGGUGAUGGAGUAGCGUGGAUUGACGAGGAAGGAGUAGUCGUCAAAUCCAACGCUUUAAAAGGGGUUGUUACCAACGUGUGUGAAAGUGAGGUAAAUAGCACAAAACUAUAAGAACUUACAAAAUUGUUAGCGACUUAAUGGAUGUUUCUAGAGUGUAGAUGAGUAUUAUUGUCUAUUUGUAAUUGUAAAAAAUAAAGCCGAUUAUGUAAUAAACAUGUAUUCAGAAAUUGAAAAUCUUACAAAUUUAACAUUGCAUCGUUGUGACUGUUUAUUCUGUUACAGCAUUACAACUAGGUUACAUUUUCAGUUUUGGCUGGCAUACAUUUUAAAUUUUAAUAAAGCGUCUUUAGGCAGUUCUUGUUCACUCCAACGAGUAAAAUGCUUAAAAUCGUUAUGUUGUGCUAUGUACAAUAAAAUUCUUUUUGUAUUAAUGCACCUUAGAUAUAAAUGAUUGUUGGAGUUUGUUUCCUUAGAUAUAAAUGUUUGUUGGAGUUUGUUUUUAUCCGAGGA